AUAAGCUGACACGAAGAUUGCGACCAUGGCUCCAUUCAAUUCCCAAGUAUUUCAGCUCCAAGUCACUCCGCGCCAUGAUAGCGGGCGACGCAAGCUAGUGCGACGCAUACGUGAACGUGAUGGGCUCCGCAAGAACGCAUGUGGGCCGAUGCAAGUCGUCCGCCAAACUCGUAACGAGGCAGUCUUUGGAGAUGGUUAUAAAGCCCGUAUUGGAUCAUUUGCGCCCGAUCGAAUAGUGCGCGCUUGAAUAGCGCCUUACAGAGGAAUGAUACUUGGUCGAAGUGAUGUGCCACGCUCUUUCCCAGCUGCCUCUGACAACCCAGCUAAAAUAAGUGAGAGAAAUACAAUGGACUCCCGGUUGGGUCAGUUGAUGGAUGACGGUGUGACGAUCGACGAGUGAUGUCUGGGAACGUGAAUUAUUUUGUCAGUAUAAAAUACCC